CUCGGCGGCGCCCCAUUUCUUCUUCUCUUCUUUCCCUGCAGCCCGACCUCUGCCAUGACUGUCCUGUACCAUCCUGCCUGCUUCUAACAUGCUUCAGCUCCACAGCUGCAGAUGGUCUUGUUGGAGCACAGGUUGAGCUCAGCUUUACCGCCCCCCGAGGCUUGACAACCUGUGGCUCCUCUCGGCCGGCCAUGGAGCCGCUGUCAGAGGUUGCGCUGUUUAAAAUGGACGAAGAAGAAGAAGACGAAGACCUUUUCUUUUUGCAGAGCAAAGGUGCAUAUUCCUGUGCGAGAGACGUGCUAGCGCCCUCUCCUGACACUGAUCCUGAUGCUUUUAUCUACAUGAACUUCAUGAAGCGUCACUGCUGCUAUGAUGCAAUUCCCACCAGCUCCAAACUUGUCAUUUUUGACACCACGCUACAGGUGAAAAAAGCGUUCUUCGCCCUGGUGGCUAACGGUGUGAGAGCGGCACCGCUGUGGGACAACAAGCUCAAGUGUUUUGUGGGUAUGCUGACCAUCACUGACUUCAUAAACAUUCUGCACCGUUACUACAAGUCUCCUCUGGUCCAGAUCUACGAGCUGGAAGAGCACAAGAUCGAGACGUGGAGAGAAAUCUACCUUCAUUCUAUCGACAGACUCAUCAGCAUCACUCCAGAUGCCAGUCUGUUCGAUGCCAUCUACUCUCUGCUGAAGAACAAGAUCCACCGUCUGCCUGUCAUCGAUCCCAUAUCUGGAAACGUGCUCCACAUCCUGACUCACAAACGCAUCCUCAAGUUUCUGCAUAUAUUUGGCUCUGUGAUCCCUAAGCCGCGAUUUCUGCAAAAGAAGAUUUGUGAAGUGGCGAUCGGGACUUUCCGAGAGAUCGCAACAGUCCAGGAGACAGCCACAGUCUAUGACGCGCUCACCGUGUUUGUGGAGAGGAGAGUGUCCGCUCUGCCUGUUGUCAAUGAGCAAGGUAAAGUGGUGGCGCUGUACUCCAGGUUUGAUGUCAUCAACCUUGCUGCCCAGAAGAACUACAACAACCUGAACAUGACCAUGAGAGAGGCCAUCUUGAGCAGAGCGUGCUGGAUGGAGGGAGUUCUGAAGUGUUACCCCAAUGAAACCCUGGAGACCAUCAUAGACCGGAUCGCCAAGGCAGAGGUGCAUCGUCUGGUCUUGGUGGACAGCAGUGAUGUAGUGAGAGGAAUUGUCUCCCUCUCUGACCUCCUUCAAGCGCUGGUCCUGACCCCUGCAGAUAUUCCGAGGAAUCUAGCGUUCAACAAGGAAGAGGAGGAGUGUGGAGCAAAGCAAGACCCAGUUGGUUUCGAAGGAGAAUCAGUGAAUUAACAACAGAAUGGUGCUGGAACUGGACCGAGCAGUGAUGGACGUUGAAAUGCAUACACUUCUGUAACUCCUGGUCAAAUCUGUGUACGAAAUUAUUGCACUUAAUCCCCUAAAAUAUGAUGAUAAAAAUGCUCUU